CUUUGCUCCGAGUCUCCCGGGCAUCAACAUCCUUCGUCUGCACACGUCCAUGUACUUCCAGUGCUGGGCCGUGAUGUGCUGCAACGUCCCCGAGGCUAGAGUCUUCAAGGCGAGUCGCUCCAACAACUUCUACCUGGGCAUGCUGCUGCUCAUCCUCUUCCUGUCCACCAUGCCGGUGUUGUACAUGAUUGUGUCCCUCCCGCCGUCCUUCGACUGUGGCCCUUUCAGUGGCAAAAAUCGGAUGUUCGAAGUCAUUGGCGAGACCCUGGAACAUGACUUUCCCAGCUGGAUGGCGAAGAUACUGAGGCAGCUCUCGAACCCCGGACUGGUCAUUGCUGUUGUGCUGGUGAUGGCUUUGACCAUCUAUUAUCUCAAUGCUACUGCCAAGGGCCAGAAGGCAGCAAACCUGGAUCUCAAAAAGAAGAUGAAAAUGCAAGCGCUGGAGAACAAGAUGCGGAACAAGAAGAUGGCGGCCGCCCGCGCAGCCGCAGCUGGUGGUGGCCAGUAACUCGCACAGAUAUCUGGACGGUUUCUUUCUGUUGAAGAAACAACCCCUUGUUCUACCCCAGACGGAUUAUCAAGGUCAUGUUCUUGCAUAAAAGCAUCAUCAGUCCCACGUGAACCAGGGGUCUCCACCU